GGGAAAAAGAAAAGUGAGAAACAAUUUUUACUGGUUCGGGGAAAACGAAAAGAAAGCUGCCAGACAGACAGAAAGACCAACCAACAGUGAGGGAGGGAUGAGAGAGAAACCGAAAGAUGGAGAAUAAGAUUUCUUCAACAAUGACGAGAAGUCAUCAUCUUCUCACUCUCCCCCCAUUUCUUCUCACACCAACACCACCGAAUGGAAUCGUUUUUUUCCUUAACCCGAACGACAAUAACAACUACAAACCUUCUACCAACACCAUCCACUUUCAUUAUUAUUGCCAUCUAUUUAGUUGGCACCAUCACUUGUGCCCAUUUUUCUUGAACAAAAUUGGUGAAGGAAACCAGAUUCUUUGUGGCUUUCCUCCGUUUCUCCGAGAUUGGCCGAAUAUUGGUUAUCUAAAUCUCAGCUGAUUUUUUGUGUAAUUUGCUGGAAGAUGCUGGGUGGAAAUUUUCAUGGCGUAGUGGAGGGAAAUCGCUCCCAAUACAAUAAAACGGUGUCGCCUCAGCUUCAGUUAAUUGGACAUGUUCCAACUCAGUACCCUGCUGGUCUUGGCAUGAUAAACUGCGUAAGAAACGAGUGUGCUCCCAUUGAUAGUCGCCCUAGCAAAAGAGUUAGGGAAGAAGAAACUGUAUAUGUGCAGCAGAAGCUUGACAUGUCUGCAAAUACCAACCUUCACCUCAACAAACCUGGCCAUAGUGGACUCCUUUUAAACCCCAAACCCGUAUCGCCCGGGCUCAGACUUUCAAGUGAGAAAGAAGAGCGUAGCUCCUCUGUUACUUCAACCAGUGAGAAUCUGACAAAUGCUUACCCGUUUACUCUUUCUCUGGGUAAUACUGUUAAAAUUGAGAUAGACCGACAGAUGGAAGAACUCGGGCAGUAUAUCAAGCUUCAGGAAGAGAACAUCCUGAAGGGUGGAAGAGAGAUAAACGAAAGGCACACGAUGUCUUUGCUGAAUGCAUUAGAGAAAGGAGUGAGCAAGAAACUAUACGAGAAGGAUAUCGAAAUAGAGAGAAUUAACCACAAGAACAAGGAGUUGGAGGACAGAAUAAAGCAGGUGGCCAUGGAAGCUCAAUCGUGGCACUAUAAGGCAAAGUACAACGAGUCAGUGGCCAAUGCGUUGAAAAGCAAUAUUCAGCAGCUCCUGGCACAAGGCAUCGCCCACGGUCACGAAGGGUUCGGGGACAGUGAGGUAGACGACGCACUGUCUUCCUUAAAGCAAACCCCCGGCAUGAUCAGUAGCUCGGAGAAUCCGGAUCACCUUGGCCAUCGGCUAAAAUGCAGAUGUUGCAAGAAGAAGCAGGUUUCGAUCUUACUGUUUCCUUGCAGACACCUGUGCCUGUGUGCGGAAUGCGAAGGAUUUGUUGAUGUUUGCCCCAUCUGUCAGGUGAUGAAGACUGCUAGCUUCCCUGUAAACUUGUAAAUGGUGAAGAUGUAGAGCACUAGCACCUCAUCACCACUCUCUCUCCCUCUCAUAUCAAGAAUUGUUUAUAUAUGGAUCAUGAAAUUGAAUAUGGUGGAGUCGUGGCCAUGUGGAAUUCAUUUUUCCUUCUCUUGGUGUCAUGAAAAUCCAACUUUUGUUCAGUGGAGUGAGUAAAUGCUUAUAUUUCAUGAAAGAGCUUUUUCAGUGAA